CCGAGCUUGCCAAGGUGCUCUAGGACUAGGGACUAGCGCCGGUCUCGUGAGAGCGCGCAAGAAACGACCACCGGCAGCGUCGUCCACGAAGAUGGGCAGCCGGCAAGAUUCGCAAGGGCCAUUAAGCCGAGGCAUUCGAGGGGGCGGCUUUGUAGGGAGCGGCGGUGUAGGGAGCGUCUUCCGCACGUCCAGAGGCGCGGAAUCCUUCGAUUUUGAUCUCGCGGGCAAGCACCCUUUGUCUCAUGUGGUCAACAACGGUUUACAAGGUCAUAGACCCAGAAAGGCCCCCGUGCACGCGAAUCGCACCUCGCCGAAGCGACCCCGUAAGCCUGUGGAGGAGACCGUCCCCCAUGACGGGGAUUGGCGGUUAUUAUGUGAACAUGCCGAUGGCUCGCACGAAGUUUUUCGGGUUUCGAACCCUCCAGAACCCGUCUUCGAGAAGAUACGGCAAGCCGGCGGCGUCUCGCAAAAACAUCGAUUCAUGUUAAGGGAGGUGCUCGCGCGGAACGGUAUUGAUGUCAGACGCGUCACGUGUCUCGGUUGGAAGCAUGCUCCAGAUUCGAUCAAUCGGUCGGAGCGGGAGACAAAGGCCUAUGAGCGGGAGGUGGCCCGCAUCAAGGGCGCGAACAGGCCCAUGGAGUGGCUCGGUCCUUCUGCGCAUGAAAUGAACUUGGAGCGCAUGCGGUUGUCUCUCUCAAACGUCGCCGAGCGGCCGGGGCUCGGGGGCUAAGGUUGUAUUUGUAGCUUGAGGG